AGUACUGUCACAAGGAAGGGGGGAAAAACGAAGAAAAAAAAUCCUCACUCGCAGCUGCGCAGAAGUGGUCUAGCCAAACCCGGAUGUAACCAACGCCUAAUUGCCGGAGAAAACGAUGCAGACAAUAAAGUGUGUAGUGGUGGGGGACGGAGCUGUAGGAAAGACCUGUCUACUUAUCUCCUACACAACCAACAAGUUCCCCUCAGAAUACGUGCCUACGGUGUUUGAUAAUUAUGCAGUGACGGUGAUGAUCGGAGGGGAACCCUACACACUUGGGCUUUUCGACACUGCAGGUCAAGAGGAUUACGAUAGGCUGCGACCUCUCAGCUACCCGCAGACGGAUGUCUUCCUCGUCUGUUUCUCCUGCGUCUCACCCUCAUCCUUUGAGAAUGUCAGAGAGAAGUGGGUUCCAGAGAUCUCCCAUCACUGUCCUCGUACACCCUUCCUGUUGGUGGGCACCCAGGUGGAUCUGAGGGACGACAGCAACACUGUGGAGAAGCUGGCCAAGAACAAACAGCGGCCCCUGUCCCCUGAGAGCGGAGACAAGCUGGCCCGGGAUCUCCGGGCUGUCAAAUAUGUGGAGUGCUCUGCCCUCACGCAGAGGGGGCUGAAGAACGUGUUUGACGAGGCCAUCCUGGCAGCUUUGGAACCUCCUGAGACUAAAUCCAAGAAACGCUGUGUCCUGUUAUAAAGGGAGGAGGAGAGAAGGAGCGGUAGAGGGGCAGGGUUAAGAAUGUUAUAAAGGGAGGAGGCGAGAAGGAGCGGUAGAGGGGCAGGGUAAGAAUGGGCGAGUUGGUUACAAUUAAGAGAAGCAGAUCAACAGCUUGAAAAGGACAAAAAGAGUGAAAAGGAAGGAGAUGAAAUGGCAUCGAGACUCCAAUACAUUCAUGCACUGUGCCUUCUUAAUAUGUUUUGAAAAAAGGAGAGGAGAGCGAUUUGGUCUUUCAAGUAAAGAAUACAAGAGGGGAAGGAAUCAACAGAGCUUUCAUCUAGUCUCCUUCUCCAGAUCCACUUUAGAAAAUCUGCAGUGUUUACCCUAACGUUACUUCUGUGGGGCGGGCUCUCCUACCUGCCUGUCAUGUUGCCUUUGUGCCUAGCUUAAAUUAAAUAAAUACCUUGGGGAAACACUUAAUUGACAUUGUUUUCUUUUGUUGCUACUUUGAGGAGGGAGGGAGAGAACACAAGAUUUAUUUCCACUCCCGACCAGGCUAGCAUGCUAGAAUGGUCACUUUUCCUUUUGGGACACACCAAGUGCAUUUUCGCCUCAGAUUUGACUGUACUCUGCAGGCGACACAGAGAACUGAAUUUAUAUUAUUUUUUAUCUCUUUGUGUCAUGUAUGAUGUAUUCAUUUUAUGAUUUUCUUUGGGGAAAUUCUUAGCGUAUAUUAUAUUUUUUUGUUGCGUAAUAAAAAAAGUUUUUUGCUUGACUACCAACUUGAUUGUGAUUGGUUGAUAGUAUAACAAAUUCAACUGUAAUAUUUUGAAUAGCUGAACUUAAUCUUGAUAAAAACAAUGAUGAUGAGAUUAUAACCUUUUCCUAGUCAACUUCUGGAUGUUUGUAAUUGCAGAAUGUUUGUAAUAAAAUAGUUUAACUGACACAGUU